AAAAAAAUGAAGUCUUGAAAAAAUUUUGUGUUUAGAAGAUGGAGGUCUGUUUUUACUAAUAGACUAUCUUCAAAUCUCGAUUAUCGAAAUCAUCUCUUGAGAUGGUGCACUUUCUUUUGCUCCCCUUUAUAUUAGGAAUAGUACAAAAACACAGUGCACUAUGGACUGCAGGGGGUCUAUGAUGGAAAAAUAUCAAGUCUUGCAUUUGCUGGUUAAAAAAAAGUUGGUCCAAGAAAAAAGGGAUACAUAAAGACAAGAGCUGCUGUGUCCCAGAUAAAGCAUCUUAUGGAGAAAAGGCCAGAUGCAAUUGGAUUGAAGGUAGGAGUCAGACAGAGAGGCUGCAGUGGAUUGAGCUAUACUCUUGACUAUGCCACACAGAAAGAGAAGUUUGAUGAAGUUGUGGAACAAGACGGUGCUCGAGUGAUAAUAGAUGCAAAAGCACAGCUGACACUCCUUGGAACUGAAAUGGACUUUAUGGAGACAGAGCUGGCCUCUGAAUUUGUGUUCAACAAUCCCAAUGUUAAAGGAACAUGUGGAAGACCCUUCUUCUCCAUGGAUGGAGGAUCAUCACUGUCAUACUCUGAUGAAGAUUCUUCUUCAAGGGAUGAAAUUGAUGGUGAAGAGAUGGGUGAUGCCUCCCCUGAAAGUAACCCAUACUUCUUGAGUGCUGGAUGGAACAUCCAAGACCGGUUGAGGGCGAGGCUCCAGGCCAGCCAUCGUUUUAGCCUAGCCGUUCAACUCAGGCCUGUCGGAAGUUUCGUGCUACCACAAAACACCUGGGAAAAUGAAGACUAUCAUCUGUGCCACGCUACCAAAUGCAGGGCUCUUCUGCAAAGACCAAAGGAGGAGAAUUUGGAGCAGAGCGGGACUAUAGCCAGGGAUGUUGAAUCGAACAUUAAUCACAACCUAGCUACAACACUUUUCAGGGUAUCGCAUUUGAGGUCUGCAGCAAUGGAAAGCUGUUCAGAUGUGAACGGAGGACCAAACGGGGUCCCCAGUGAGGUGAAAGGUCAACCCGAUGGCAUCGGUGACCUAGGCAGCGUUCUGUCUGUGAAAAGGCCAAAGCUUGCUGCUUAUGGUUUUGGAGGGAAAUUUUCUCUCAAUUCCAAGUACUCCGAACCGAUUCUGCAGCAGAUUCGUAAAUGCUAUGAGGAUCGGUCUGACACUGCGGCCUCACUUGACGAUGAGAAAGGCUGUGAUGGGACAGAAGGUUUUAUAGAGAUACGGUCUCCAUUCACUUGCCAUGUUCUUGAGGAUUUCCUUACCAUCAACCCUCAAACCCUGCAAUAUUUAGAAGAGGAGUGCAUGACUUUGGUCAGUAAGAAGAAGAACAAUGACCUGUAUUCCUUUCAUCAGAGUGAUGAUCUCAAGACAAUCGACUCUCCUGAUGUCCUCCUCUGUCAUGAUGAUGAACUUGAGGGAAGAAGGAUUGCCUUUGUGUAUUACCUAGUACCUGAAGAUUGGUGCUCAGAAGAUGGUGGAGCGCUUGAUCUCUUCCUUGUUGAUGACAAAGGAGAACCCUCCAAGAUGGUGAAGUCAAUUCUACCAAAGAGAAACCAGUUCAUGUUCUUCAGAGUCAUUCCUUCAUCAUAUCAUCAAGUAUCAGAAGUCACAGCGAAGACCAAGAAACGUCUCUCCAUCAAUGGAUGGUUCCAUGGCCCCCCCAUCAAGAGGCCUUCUCCAUAUGUGGAGCCUUUCCCUCCUCGUCUCCUUCCAUGCUUCAUUGAAUUGGAGCUGGUUCAAGCCUGGAUUAAUCCCAUCUAUUUGGACCCUGAAGAACAGGAGAAUAUUCGAACAGAGUUCAUUGAGUCUAGCAAUGUUGAACUGCACAAAUUCCUGAAUCAGGGAAAAUUUAAGGAAACUGAGAAGGCCUUGCAAGCUACUGAACUUCAGUGGAUCCUCAAAGGACCCUAUCAUCGCAGACACUAUCAUGAGUUAGUAAAUGUAGAUGAUGCACCAGAUAUCCUGAGGCAGUGCCUGCGACUUUUCAAGUCAGAGGCCAUGUUUCUUGUGCUUGGUCAGCUGACUGGACUGUCCCUUUCUCCUCUCAUCAAAGAGAGUGAUUCUACUGACACUGAAGAAGAGGAAUGGAAGAGCAGAUGCACACAAGAACUGAGAUGGUGGAAGCAGGGGAACUACACAUUGGUUCACGACCAUGACAAAGAGAGGUCCACCCCUGGAUUGGAUGCCAUUCUGUUCUUGUCCUGCCAGGACUGGAAGUCUCACAUGGGUGGAUACUUGUCAUAUGUUGCCGAAGGAGAAGACGAAGAAUUAUUGACAGUGGAACCCAAGCAAAACUGCCUGGCUCUAGUUUACCGAGACGAUGAGACAUUGCGCUUCUCCAAGUAUGUCAAUUCAACUCUCAAUCCCUUGGGAUUCCACUCCCUGAACCUGGUAUAUUAUGAAGAGGAUCCAGCUCCUUUGACAUGAGAACAGUGCACAUAAUUUUUUCACUAGAUAUGAGUCAUGUGAGCAUUUUUUGAUUGGGAAUGAUUUAUCAAAUAAAGACUAUUCCUUAUGAGACC